AUGAUUGGCCUGAUUGUUCUCACACUCCUGGGCGCUGCAGCUGCAGCCCCUACGGACGACAGGAUUGUGGGUGGCUACCGGUGUUCAGCCCACUCACAACCCUGGCAGGUGUCUCUCAAUAUCGGCUACCACUAUUGCGGCGGCUCCCUCAUCAAUGACCAGUGGAUCAUCUCUGCCGCCCACUGCUGGCAAAACCCCUAUUCACAGAUUGCCAUUUUGGGUGACAACCACAUCUGGAUGAACGAGGGCACGGAGCAGUUUAUGUCAGUAGAUGCCAUCUACUGGCAUCAGAGUUACGACUACCAGACCCUGGACUACGACAUCAUGCUGAUGAAGCUGGCACAACCCGCCACCGUGAACCAGUACGUCAAGCCUGUUGCCCUGCCCACUGCUUGCCCCACACCUGGGGACAUGUGCACGGUGUCCGGAUGGGGGAACAUCUACACUGAUGAAGUGUUCAACCCAUUUUACCUUCAGUGUGUGGAGGUCCCCAUUCUGUCUAACAAGGACUGUGAAAAUUCCUACCCUGGCAUGAUUACUGACCGCAUGGUGUGCGCUGGAUACCUGGAGGGAGGCAAGGACGCUUGUCAGGGUGACUCUGGUGGUCCUCUGGUGUGUAACGGGGAGCUGCAGGGUAUUGUCUCUUGGGGCCAGGGCUGCGCUCAGCCGAACUACCCGGGCGUUUACACCAAAGUCUGCUCUCUGCUGCCCUGGAUCAACGAUAUUCUCUCCAGAUACAGUUAGGCUGUGAUCUCCUAUCAAAGAACUACAUGAGAGAGGGGAAAUCAGAGAGAGAUUAAAAUUGAAGGAGACAGAGACAGGAGGUGGUGGUGGGUAGUGUCAGAAAGAAAAGCAGCAGGAGAGUGGCUUAGGGAGAGCCACAAGGAGAAACGGUGGGAGAGAUAGAGAAAAAGAGAUGUGAAAUGUCUUUAGUCAGAGCACAAUCAAUAAAAUCUACCAUUUUGUGAUGCA